AUGGCGGUUCCACUGUUGAGUAAAGAGCUGCCUGAUAUAGAGAAUUUGUUGCGGUUGAACCCUACUGUGAAGCCGUAUUCCAACUUAGUUCCAUCAGCGCAAACUAAGAAGAUUAAACAACAUUGGAAGAGAAACGCUGAUAGAAAAUGUACUUCGUGCCCAACACUUACGAAGAACUUCGACGACAUUAAACACACCACUUUAUCUGAGCGUGGCGCAUUAAAGGAGGCAGCCCGAUGCCUGAAGUGCGCUGAUGCUCCAUGUCAAAAGUCCUGUCCGACGCAGAUUGAUGUCAAGAGCUUCAUAACCAGCAUUGCUAACAAGAACUAUUAUGGAGCAGCUAAGGCGAUUUUGUCAGACAAUCCUCUCGGUCUUACGUGUGGUAUGGUGUGCCCCACCAGCGACCUCUGUGUCGGAGGAUGCAAUCUUCACGCUAGUGAGGAAGGGGCUAUCAACAUCGGCGGAUUGCAACAUUUUGCUGUUGAUGUAUUUAUGAAGAUGGGUAUCCCCCAAACUCUAGAUCCAAACAAUAAGCCUUUACCAAAAGGUGGCCAUCAGAAGAUCGCGUUAGUGGGAGGCGGACCGGCUAGCAUUAGUUGCGCUUGCUUCCUCGCUAGGCUUGGAUAUAAAAACAUUACUGUUUAUGAAAAGGAAAAUUAUUUAGGUGGAUUAAGUUCAUCAGAGAUCCCUCAAUACCGACUACCAUAUGAUGUGGUCAAAUUCGAAGUAGACCUAGUUAAACAUCUUGGUGUUAAAUUCGAAACUGGCAGAAAACUGUCCACCAAAGAUAUAACUGUUAAUGGUCUUCUUAAUGAUGGAUUCUCAGCGGUAUUUUUGGGUAUUGGUCUACCUGAACCUAAAAAUAUUCCUAUCUUCAAAGGUCUUACUCAAGAGAUGGGCUUCUUCACUAGCAAGGACUUUUUACCCUUAGUAUCUAAAGGAAGCAAGAAAGGUCUGUGUGCCUGCAAAUCCAUCCUCCCUGAACUGUACGGCAACGUCAUAGUGUUAGGAGCAGGAGACACAGCCUUUGAUUGCGCUACAUCUGCGUUGAGAUGCGGGGCGAAGCGAGUGUACGUUGUGUUCAGGAAGGGAGUUACCAAUAUUAGAGCCGUACCCGAGGAGGUGGACUUGGCUAAAGAAGAGAAAUGCGAGUUUGUUCCCUUCAUGUCUCCUAGAGAAGUUAUUGUAAAAAAUGGCAAGAUAACCGCCUUGAAAAUGUGUCGCACAGAACAACUAGAUGACGGAGAAUGGAUAGAGGAUGAAGAGCAAGUAAUGCAGUUAAAGGCUAAUUUUAUCAUCUCGGCUUUCGGCUCCGGGCUUUAUGAUAGUGACGUCCAAGAUGCAAUGGACGGUGUAAAGCUAAACCGCUGGGGGCUGCCCGAAGUUAACGAGAGCACGAUGCAGUCCCGCAGCAACCCUCGCGUGUUCAUCGGCGGGGAUCUGGCGGGGGUCGCUGAGACCACCGUCGAGUCCGUCAACGACGGCAAGACUGCGGCCUGGUAUAUGCAUUGUUAUUUACAAGGGAUUUCAUUCAAUGCUCCAGUUGAACUGCCGAAGUUUCACUGUCCGAUUGACGACAUCGACUUAUCAGUGGAAGUAUGCGGCAUCAAGUUCGAGAACCCCUUCGGCCUGGCAAGCGCCCCCCCUACAACCAGCACAGCAAUGAUCAGGCGAGCUUUCCAACAAGGAUGGGGCUUCGCUGUCACCAAGACAUUUGGACUUGAUAAGGACUUGGUAACAAACGUGUCGCCUCGUAUCGUGCGAGGAGUGACCUCGGGAGAAAACUACGGGCCGGGCCAGGGCUCUUUCCUCAACAUCGAAUUGAUCUCGGAGAAGUGUGCCAGGUACUGGUGCCAGAGCAUCGCUGAACUAAAAAGAGACUUCCCUAAUAAAGUGGUAAUAGCAUCGAUAAUGUGCUCGUACAACGAGGAGGACUGGACGAAGCUGGCGCGCGCGGCCGAGGCGGCCGGCUCCGACGCGCUCGAACUCAACCUGUCGUGUCCUCACGGCAUGGGAGAGUCCGGCAUGGGACUCGCUUGUGGACAGGAUCCGGUGUUAGUAAAGGGUAUAUCUCAAUGGGUAAGAAAAGCUAUCAAGAUACCAUUCUUUGUGAAGCUGACCCCUAAUAUCACUGACAUUGUUAGUAUAGCCAUGGCUGCUCAUGAAGGUGGCGCUAGCGGAGUGUCUGCCAUUAACACUGUAUCUGGAUUAAUGUCUGUCAGACCUGACGCCACACCCUGGCCAGCUGUUGGCGUCGCCAGAAGCACCACAUAUGGAGGCGUCUCCGGUAACGCAACGCGUCCGAUGGGCCUCCGAGCAGUGUCUGCUAUCGCUAACAAGUUGCCAGGUUUCCCCAUACUUGGCAUCGGUGGGAUCGAUUCUGCAGAAUCAGCAUUGCAGUUCAUCAUGUGCGGAGCGCCUGUUGUUCAGAUCUGUAGCGCAGUACAAAACCAAGACUUCACAGUGGUAGAAGAUUACAUAACAGGUCUCAAAGCUCUCUUAUACCUUCGGUCGGUGGGCCAGUUUGGCUGGUUGGGACAAUCCCCACCUACAUUCAAACAUCAGAAGGGAAAACCUGUGCAGACGCUCUACGACGAGAAUGGCAAGGUUCUAGCGCACUUCGGUGAAUACAGCAAAAAGCGGGAAGAGCUUCUACAUGAGAUCAGGCUAAAAUCUGACGUUUUAGCAGACAAUGCAAAUGAAACUUAUCUGACCAACGGCAACAACCACGUCUUAGACGUGCCAAAAAUCAAAGACGUUUUAGGAGAAGCCUUGCCAAGAGUGGGGACUUUCAAACAUUUGGAUAAUACGAAGCAAGUGGUUGCGCUCAUUGAUGAUGAUAUGUGUAUAAACUGUGGCAAAUGUUACAUGGCCUGCGCGGAUUCAGGAUAUCAAGCUAUUGAAUUCGACGCAGAGACUCACAUCCCCCACGUGACAGAUGACUGUACUGGCUGCACGCUGUGUCUAUCUGUUUGUCCGAUCAUCGAUUGCAUAUCAAUGGUACCAAAACAGAUCCCUCACAUCAUCAAGAGAGGCAUACGCUACGACAUACUGCCUGUAUCACCUUUAGAUGGAAUCUGUCAAUAA